AUGGCGACUCCAUCAUGUAUCGACAUUGAACAGACACCCGCCGUCCUUGAGUGGGAAUGGGAGGGCGCGACGCGUUCCUUAGCCACUCCAGAUCCAGACAAUGUACCGAUACGCUUUACGAUACAUGCCGAUUCGACCCACGACAAACAUCGCGUUCACUUCGAGAUAAUUGUUCCUAUCAAAUUUAAAGACAAGCCAAGUAGUGCGGCGGUUUUCUUACGAAUUAGCCCUUUAUUCAUCACUUGUUUCCGCUUCUCUACAAACAUUGACGCUUUGGACUCUUUGAAAAAGCAACGGUUUAGCUCUGCCGCAUGUCUCGAGUUUGAACUGAGCAACUCUAUCGCCGUACUCGUCCCCAGCUACGUGAAAGAGCCAAUAUCAGCGUCCCGGCCACGCUCUGGCAAGGUUCUGGACUCUCUCUACGAGCUAUCCCAUGUCACAGCUCUACGAAUAUAUAUUCAAGAUUCUCUAUUAUCCCUCGACCAACUCAAUUCUAUAAGCGACAGAGCAACAAAAGGUCUGCUCGAACCCUUUUCUGGCCCCGAGUAUGAUAUUUCGCGCAUGUUCAGUGGCAGCGGAGCAAAAGCUACAAAACUCUCUCCACCCAAACCUCCAUCGUAUGAGAAGGCGACGAGCUCACAACCGCCGAGCGCUCCCUCAUAUCAACGUAAACGACCUCGACAGGACAGUCCCCAAGGGCCCGAUAGCAUCAGCCAAGUCUGGGACAAGCUACAGAAGCUAGAGUCCUUAUUCCACAACAAGGUUGGAGAGCUGACAGCUGAGAAUGCUAAGCUCCGAGACCAGAAGCCAAAGCCUGACGAGUCGCAAGCUGAGACUGCCCAGCCUACAGACCAGUCACAGGUAGUUAUAGAGCUGAGAGCUGAGAACGCGCAACUUCGUGAAGAGGUAGAGCGUUUGAAGAAGAGGCAGGAGGAUCUUGAGGCAGAGGUCGCAUCACUACAAACCGCGCAAAGAAGCGAGAAGGAUACAGAGGAGGUUGCAAUAAUAGAAAUUCGAGACGACAUUGAGUCACUGGAGCGUAGAUUGUCUUGGGUCGAGAAUGGAAAAGACGAAUACUUCAUGAAGCAAAUAAAGCAAGAAAUCUUUGACGAGUUAGCGACGCGUGUCUUGGGUGGCUAG